AUGAGGUUCCUCACGAUACAGCGGCCGAUAUUGGCUGCUGUGGCCAGUCUUGCUCGGCCGGCCUUUACACCCGUUGCUCCUCUGGGUGUCCAAUUGGCCAAUUCGCUCGUCCAGGGUCAUCGAUUCGCCUCGGUCAAGUCACAGGGAGCGUACAGGAAGAAGCCCAAGAGGGGUAUCCCCAAGAAGCUGGGUGCAAAGCGUACAGGAGAUCAAUAUGUCAUUCCUGGAAACAUCCUGUACAAGCAGCGAGGUACACUUUGGUGGCCUGGCGAGAACUGCAUCAUGGGCCGAGAUCACACUAUUCACUCGAUGGCAACCGGUUACGUCAAAUACUACCGCGAUCCCGCACGACAUCCCGACCGCAAGUACAUCGGUGUUGUAUUCGAGAAGACCGAUACUCUACCAUAUCCUCAACACGCCGAGCGCAAGCGACGACUUGGCAUGAGUGUCUUCCCCAUCAAAGAAGCCGCUGCCAAACCUGAUGUGUCUCCUUCCGGAAUUCCUUUCCAGGUCACUCGUGUUGAAGCCGGCGAGCCAGACAGACUGCUCAAGCUGCGCAAGGAUUACAGUUACCGUGAAGAUAACUGGGCGAUCGGAAAGCUGGCCAGGACAACAGGUCUCAAGACGAAGCGAUUCAGAACACGAAAGCAGUGGUUCCGACACAGAAGAUGGAGACGUGAGAGGGAAUUGGAGGGACAAAGGAAGGCUGAGCAGAAGAGAGCCGAGAGUGGUGAGGAGUUGAAGGCUGUUAAGAUGGUUAGCAAGAAGCAAGCCAAGAAGGCUGCUAAGGCCUCUAAGAAGAAAUAG